GAUACUUGGUAAAAAUAUCAAUAUACUUAUAAAUAAAAGAGAUGCUGUUGUUUUCUAACUCUUAUAAAUGAGAACUCUUUCUAAAAAUCUUCCGUCAGGUCGUAAAAAUGCUUUGGAAAAAGGCAUAAUAUACCAGACUGACGGCUACGUUAGUGACUUCGACCCUCAUCAAGAGCCAGGAGUGAUACGGGAGUACGUUGUUGGCACCCGGUGGUUUCACACGUACCAACCUGGACCACUAGAUAUGUACAGCAAAGGCGAGUAUCAGGGCAGCAUAUCAUCACCGUUACUCACUCUAAGGACUGGAUACCUCGCUAACAACAACAGCGAGGCGCAGCUCACAGAAGGGUGCUACAUACAGCCAGCUGACAAGCUUCCUGGCUAUGUUCUAGCUCCUGAUAUGGUGGAACGGGUAGUACCCUUACAUGUAGCUUCCGAUAUCACAGCAAUUGACUUCAUGAGAGGCCGUGACGCUGGCUUCCCUCCUUAUAAUGAUUACCGAAAGUUCUGUGGAAUGAAGCCCGCCAAGAAAUGGGAAGACCUCUACGAUACUAUUGACAAAGAUAAAGUAGAAAUACUGAGUCGUAUUUACGAUGAAGUUGACGACUUGGAGCUGAUGGUAGCCAUCUACGUGGAGCGGUUCAUACCUGGCGCCUUCUUGGGGCCCACGCUCUACUGUAUCAUGGUACACAACUUGCUGCUCUGGAGGCAGUCGGACAAGUUCUUCUUUGAACAUGGAGGCUUCCCAGCCGCCUUAACAAUCCCCCAACUUAACGAGAUUCGGCAGACCAGCAUAGCACGCGUGCUAUGCGACAGUGGAGAUGACGUCAAGUACAUCCAGCCGGCGGCCUUCUUCAGACAAGGACCUUGGUAAGAGUAACAUAGUGUCAAUAAUUUAAUAGAAAACAUCCAUUAAUCAUACACAGGAAACCCCUUCUUUAACCGUUCCACAAUCAGCACCACAGCGGUUAUUCGGAUGAAAAUCUCAACCUCUUCAUAAAAAUUAUAACAGUGGCGAAUGAAUCGUCUCAUUUACCUUGCCCUAUAAAUAAUGUAUUGUUUUUAAAUGUAAAACUGUGUGACUGUCCUAUAAUAGCACACUAGAAAUGAGAAAGUUUGAGCUUAGAUCACCAGGCUCACUGACUGAGAUUAGCCGAUUCCAGAUUUGAAUAUCCAGGAUACCGCAUGAAUCUUCCUACUACAGCUUGUCAAUUCUAUCUAAUUAGUAGAAUUAAAACCUACAAAUAGCUUUGAAAUAAUCACAUAGAUACUUUGAAUCUGCAA